UUUGUUAAUAUCAGGUUAAGCAGUUCGAACACCGGAUCUUAGCGGGAAUCUUAUUUACGCGAUGGUGACGAAAUGACCCCAAAUUUCGGUGGUUCCUGAUGAAAAACGAGAAAUCAACGCUGAUGGAUGAGGCCAGUAACACCGAAUUGUUGGAGCUGAAGCUGGAAGAGGCUAGAAAGUUACUUCGCUUGAAGAAGAAAAAGCUCAAGCAAUAUGACAGACGUCUCGAAGCUAAGCAGCACGUUCAGGAGACUCUCAAAAGAUUUCAGGUGGUGGAGGAAUCACAAAAUGAUGAAACAAGCCUGGACUCCUCUUCUGUGUCUGAACCUAGAUCUAACGAAUCAAGGUCUGUGAAGUUUUCGGAUGACUCGCCCGAAGUAAUCUUUGUGACGCCAACACCCGAUGUUUAUCUCAGCAAGAAAGGGAGACUGAAGGAAAAAUCUAAAUCGAAAGGAUAUAGGUCUCUGUCUCUAUCUGAAAAAAAGGCCGGGAACGAAGAAGAAAGCCAAAUUAAAAGAAUUCCUCCUUCUGAUAACUCACAAACUGAUGCCAAAAGAGCUAAUCACUGUACUCCCUCUGCCGAAUCUGUAGUGUUAGAAGACAAAGUCAAUAAUAACGAUAACAAGGAGACAGAUGUGAAGGAUAUGUUCCAAAGCUGUGAAUAUAAUAGGAACAGUAGUUCUCCUGUCCUUAGUCAGCAUUCUGUUAUAAAUGUCAGAGUUGAUACACAGAGAAGAUCAGGUGAAGAUGGCAUCAAGCAUCAGAAUAAUAGUGAUAAUAAAAAAGAAAUCGAAGGUACUGUUCACAACUGUCGUGAUGGUGGAAGUUCUCCCAUACUUAGCCAACGUUCUGUUUUAAGUGCCACUGGUCCUAUGCAGAGAUCAGAUGGUGGCUAUAUCAAGCUUGAAAAUGAUGGUAUGAUCGAUUUAGAAAAUGAUUUCUUUGAUCAAGAUUUCAGUGAAGUCAUUGAAGACAAAAUAAUUUCUCCAAAACAUUCAUAUCAAAAUAAACAGAUUUUUGAUGAUUCUUUGAACAAAUGGAUUUCUGAAGAUUCUGCUACUAGUAACUGUAAAGAGGGCAUGUCUGACGUUGCAGCGAAGAGCCCUGAAGAUGAAAAUAAGGAAUUGAAUGCAACUUUUUAUUUCAACUCUGAGUGGGAGGAAAAUGAUAUCUUUGAAGAUAGUGCCAUAAAGAAAGCUGAUAUUGAAGCAAGGAGUAUUCAGCGAGCAAAGGAAAGUCCAAAGAAAUGUACAACAAAAGAAGAGGAAUCACAAGACCUAUUUUCCUCCAUACUGCCAACAAAAUAUGAUGGGAAUGAUGAACCCAAGAAAUCUUACAAGUCUAAGCUUGUUUUGGAUAAUCAUAGCUCAAAGGUUCCUGAAAUGUCCAAAGCACACUUUGAUAUGAGAGCUAAUGGGUUAGGGAAAGAAAAUUCUUUGGUCAGUAGUAAUAAAAGAUUAGUUGAAUUGAAUGCUGGAAAUGAAAUUGAAGAAGAAAAUGUACACAGACGUAUUCGAACUAACAGGGUCAGGCAUAGGCUGCCGCAGAGCAGUAAUUCUUCUGAUUCAAAUAGUGAGCUUUGCAAGAAAGAAUUGCUUGGAGAGAAUGUUUUAAGAGGCACUUGCUCUAGUCUAAAGGAAAAUUAUCAAGAUGCUCAAGAGAUUUGCAGUAGUGGAAGGAAAGAUCUCCCAGUUGGUGUGAAAAGUGGUAACUCGGACACAAUUGGAAAUAUUGUUGACCCCAUAGACCACAUUACUAGUGUAUCCUGUAAUCAAUUAGAGACAGCUGAUACUCAGUUGUAUUCUGAAGUUUUUAAUGAGGGUGAGAGUACAGGUAAUGUAAGCAAAGAUCAUAAAAGUCACAAGACUUCACAGGUGCGUGAUGAGUUUAUUGAUUGUAGUUCAGGUGUUUGCAAGAGGGAAGAUGAGAAAUUAAAUGCAUGUAUUAGCGAUGUCUCGCCAAAAUCACGCAGUUGUGGUGAAAACUCUUUCAGUCGCAAGGUUGUGUGCGCAAAGCAACUGUUCAGCAAAAGACUGAGCUCUUCUUCCAAAGCAGCGUUUAAUGAAAAUGAGUUUCCCUGUGGUGGAAAAGGAAGUGGCCAGUGUAUUCCGGAGACUCUAAGUAUAACAAGCGAAAAUUCUAAUCCUCUUAAGGAUUGUGAUAGAGGUGAUAUGGAUGGAGAUUUGGAUUGUGAUGAAAGAGUUUCCUAUUUUUCAUUGAAACCUUCGGACAAUUUAGGGAAAAUUCUUUCGGGAUCCCACGGAUAUUUUUCGCCAAAGCCUCUCGAGAGACUUUAUAUUGUUCUUGUCUGUGAGUUGGGGAUAUCCAUAUGGACUAGGCACAGUGAGGACAUUCUGAAAAAUGGUGAUAACUCACUAACCAACAAGGAAAGGUGAUAGAGGAGGAGGAGGAAGAGAAAUGGAAUGUGGGAAAUGGAGAGUACUUGCCGAGAAGAAACAUCAAAUAGGAGACAUUUCUGGAGUCAGGCACAUUGUUGCAUUUUCCCUCCCCUCGGAUGAAGAAGAAGUAAGAUGUUUAGUUGCCAUCAGCAGAAAUGGUGACUCUGUCCUGCAUCUAACACAUGUACAGUAUGACUUAGAGGGGGGCUGGCUUAUCACAGAAAGA